AUAGACUUGGAAUGCAUUUAGGCAUAUUGAUUGGUUCCAAAUACUUAGAGCAGACUUGACACUAAUUUGGACGUGUUAAGCGAGUCGGUUGGUUACUUUAAGUUCAGAGCUUACUGUACUCGUAGAUCUACUGUUAGACCACGAAGUGGAGGGGUGCUUACAACGAUUGAUCUACGAUCACAUUUGACAAACCAACCUGAAAUUGGACACAAAUAUCACUGAGCAGAACAGAGAAUGACUACUAAUAUCCCCGCUAAGAUGAAUAUACGGCACCCGCAACACUCCCCACGGAGAGUCAAGAUCCAUACCUCUAUUCUCUUCGACCCUAAAAAGAAAGAGUUCAUCAAAGACUUGACAAUAGUCGCAGACCGAAGCACUGGACUCAUUGUCGACGUAUACAAGCGUUCCGCUACUGACGGGCAAAUUUUACCUGCGGAAGAUAUCGACUUGCGCGGUCUUCUGGUCCUGCCCGGUUUGGUAGAUGCCCACACCCACAUAUUCCUCCAUUCCUACAAGGAAACACCAGCUCUGAACCAGAUGCGCGAUGAGAGUUUGAUAGAACGGACCAUCAGAGCCGUGAACCAUUGCCGGACAGCUCUUUUAGCUGGCUACACGACUUAUAGAGACCUGGGCACUGAGGGCUUGCAGGAUGCAGAUGUUAAUGUCCGCGACGCGAUCAACCGUGCACUGACUCCUGGCCCGAGGCUCAUUGUCGCUACAGAAACGAUCGCCUCAUCGGGUGGUUAUGCUAUUAGACAGGAGAAUCGCCUUGGCGGGACGGUUGUUCCGUCUAUCUCUGACGUUGCAGAUGGCAUAGACGGAGUCAGGGCAGCUGUUCGACGGCGCAUUGGAGCAGGUGCAGAUAUCGUGAAGUUUUACGCAGACUACCGAAAGAGACAACUACGAUUCCCACCUGCGAACUGGCCAGGUGCUUGUCCAAUCCAAUUUCCGCCUACUGAUCGGAACCCGGACAUUGUUCUCUUCACACAGGAAGAAAUGGACACAAUUGUUGCGGAAGCACGAAAUUCAAACUGUCCAGUUGCCGCUCAUGCAUCUUCAGCGAAGGCUGUGAUUAUGGCUGCCAAGGCUGGUGUCACUACCAUUGAACAUGGAUAUGAGCCGUCCCGUGAAGCGCUGCAGGCAAUGAAAGAAGCAGGGACAAUUUUCGUUCCUACGUUAGCUGUUUUCGAGCAGCAACUUCCUGAGCGCAUAGAAGAAAUUCUCGCACACACGAAAGAGGCAUGGGAGGCUGGGGUUAAACUAGCCUGCGGAGGUGAUACUGGGGCAUUCUCCCAUGGCGACAAUGCCAGAGAGAUGGAGCUUAUGACGGAGGCAGGGAUCCCAAUUGAAGAAGUCUUAACUGCUAGCACAUUGCACGGUUGGGAAGCUUGCGGAGGGGAUAUGUGUGGAAGAAGGUUCGGUUGGUUCGAGAAAGGGGUUGCCGCGGAUAUUAUUGCUUUGGACGGGGAUCUUAGAACUGAUAUUGGGGCUCUACGGAGGGUGCAAUUUGUGAUGAAGGAUGCUAGGGUGUGGAAGGAAAAUGGAGUCCCCGUAGGUAUGUACUGAGGAGUCGCCCUCGAUCACGGAUGAUGCCCUGUUAGAAAGAUAGCACAGGAGGAAAAGAUAAGCAGUUCGGCCUAAUAGCUUAGACCUUCUUCUUUUGUCUAAAGCGGCUCAAAGCGAAAUGAUAUCGUUCCUUGAUCUCACAUGGGUAUUCCAGAAACCCUUAUCUGGAACGAAUGCUUCUAAGGUGAUACAGAUUUCUCUUUCUAUAUUCAGAUUCCGAACAUAAUGAUGUUUUCAUCUAUAUUGCCUCUUAUCGCGAUUUUGCGGGGUCGACCCGCCCGUCGAGUUUCCAAAUUCAUCGGAGAAACCGACAGCAUCUUGUCUAACACCCACGCUUGAGAUAGUACGUGUGCUUGAAACAGUGUAAUCCGGGGUUAGAAAGAUCACACGUUGGAG